AUAUUAUAAAAUGAAGAGCCUGCAAGAAAAGUGAAAAUCGAGGGGAAAGGAGAGAGAAGAAGAAACAAAUUCAGAGACAUAACAGAAAGCAAUAGAGGAAUCGUCAGAAGCAGAGUCAUUGACGAGGCUCUUCCUCUCAGCGAAUGGGUGGAAGAUGGAGAACACUCUCUAUUUUCUGUAAUCGAAUAGCAACUUCUUCCUCUUCAUCUUCCAAGCCCUCCCCUUUCUCUCUCAAUCGUUUUUUCUCCCUUGCCACUGCACAUUCUGCAAUACCCGACCCGGAUCCCCACGGAUUCAGAGCCCCGCAAUACGACCCCACCGUCAAAAUCCCCGUCAAAGCCUACUUCCUCUCCACCAGUAUAAAUUUGAAGGGAAUUCAGGCUGACAAUCCAAGAAACAUUGUUCCUCCAUCUUCCCGUUCAUCAUCAAAUUAUGUUGCUUUACGGUUCUGCGACUUCAACUCGGACUCUAAUGGACCUGGGUUUCACGUGAAAGCAAGCAACUGUCGUUACAUGGUUGUAUAUCAGUAUGGGUCAGCUGUUUUGUUUAAUAUUGAGGAUCAUGAAGUCGAAGUAUACCUAGAACUAGUUAAGAGGCAUGCAUCUGGUUUACUUCGAGAGAUGAGGAAAGAUGAUUAUGCAAUAAAGGAGAAGCCAUUAUUAGUUGAGGACAUGCAAGGAGGGCCAGAUUACAUAGUUCUGAGAUCAUUGGACACUGAUGGUAUCCGUAUAAUUGGAAGUGUUCUGGGACAAAGCAUAGCUCUGGAUUAUUUUGUUUCACAGGUUGAUGGUUUAGUUGAAGAGUUUGCAGGCAUAAAUCGAGGAAUGGAGAAAACUGGAACCUUCACUAUGGAUAAGAAGAAGCUACUUCAGCUUGUUGGAAAGGCUAACUCAAAUUUGGCUGAUGUGAUUCUUAAAGUUGGUCUCUUUGAGAGAUCAGAAAUUGCAUGGAGGGAUGCGAAGUAUGCUCAAAUAUAUGAGUAUCUUCGGGAGGAGUAUGAAGUUGCACAACGCUUUGGGAACCUGGAUUUCAAAUUGAAAUUUGUGGAGCACAAUAUUCAUUUUCUCCAAGAAGUUCUCCAGAACAGGAAGUCAGAUUUCUUGGAAUGGUGCAUUAUUGGUCUAUUGACUAUCGAGAAUGUUAUAUCCUUUUAUGAGAUUCUUCGAGCUUCAAAUACAGUUUGUUAGUAAAUAGUUAGAAAGGCUGAAGCUAGAUUAAUCUGUUGUAGUAACAAUUCUUACAAUUUUUUAUCUAAUAAAAAUUUUCCCUUUGUAUUUAUGAUAAAUAAAAUCCACACCCCCUUCAAUUCAUUGAGCUGUAUGAAAUUUAUUGGAAAUCUGGAAAUUUUUAUAGCUUCUAAAUUUGCUAUAUUUUCUGGUUACUAAAAAAUGAUAUAAGUUUUAUUCUU